UGCAGUGUAGUUUAUGACUGCGCACCGCCUACUACCUAAAGUCCUUUAAAAACUACAGGAAAAAUUGGUGUUCGCCCCGGUAAAGCUUCCCGCGCACACCGUGGCAAAACGGCGGCACAGAAAAAAUCAACCUUACUUUCCUAAAGCCUGUUUCCGAAAUGCCUCGCAUCGAGAAUGACAUCAAGCUGGACUUCAAGGAUGUGCUCCUCCGUCCAAAGCGGAGCACACUUAAGUCAAGGAGCGAGGUAGACCUAAUGAGGAGCUACACUUUCAGGAACUCUAAGGGCAGCUACAGAGGGAUCCCCAUUGUUGCUGCAAACAUGGACACCGUGGGGACCUUUGAGAUGGCCCUGGCUUUGCACCAGUUCACACUUUUCACCACGAUUCACAAACAUUACUCCGUGGACGACUGGGUGGAGUUUGCAAAACAGAAUCCUGAAUGCCUGAAGAGUGUAGCAGUUAGCACGGGUACCGGGGAAGGGGACUUUGACAGGAUUUCAGCCAUCUUGGCGGCGGUGCCAAAGCUGCAGUUUAUCUGUGUUGACGUGGCCAACGGCUACUCCGAACACUUUGUUCACUUUGUCAAAGACGUCAGGGAGAAGUUCCCCUCUCACACUAUAAUGGCAGGAAAUGUGGUGACAGGAGAGAUGGUAGAGGAGCUAAUCCUGGCUGGAGCUGACAUCAUCAAAGUAGGCAUUGGACCAGGCUCUGUGUGUACCACCCGCAUGAAGACGGGGGUGGGCUACCCCCAGCUCAGCGCUGUGAUCGAGUGUGCAGAUGCUGCCCAUGGCUUGGGUGGCCACAUCAUCUCUGAUGGGGGAUGUACUUGCCCAGGAGAUGUGUCAAAGGCUUUUGGUGCUGGAGCGGACUUUGUGAUGCUGGGCGGUAUGCUUGCUGGACACUCAGAAAGCGGGGGAGAAAUUAUUGAAAAAAAUGGCAAGAAAUACAAGCUGUUCUAUGGAAUGAGCUCCGACACGGCGAUGAAGAAACACGCAGGAGGCGUGGCUGAGUACAGAGCGUCGGAGGGGAAGACAGUCGAAGUUGUUUACAAAGGUCCGGUGGACGUGACAAUACGAGACGUCCUGGGCGGGGUCCGAUCCACCUGCACCUAUGUUGGGGCAGGGAAACUGAAAGAGCUGAGCCGCAGGACCACCUUCAUCAGGGUCACCCAACAACUCAACACUGUCUUCGGCAACGACAGCUGAAUGUCCGGCUCGAUCCUGCUUCCGAACGAAGGUUAUAAGUCGGUAACACUGCCUAAAUGAUGCUGU